AUUUUCUGCGUCCACGGGGGCCUCUCGCCGUCCAUCCAGACCCUGGACCAGAUCCGCACCAUCGACCGCAAGCAGGAGGUGCCACACGACGGCCCCAUGUGUGACCUGCUCUGGUCGGACCCUGAAGACACCACCGGCUGGGGCGUGUCGCCGCGGGGCGCGGGUUACCUGUUCGGCUCGGACGUGGUGGCGCAGUUCAACGCGGCCAACGAGGUCUCCAUGAUCUGCCGCGCCCACCAGCUCGUCAUGGAGGGCUACAAGUGGCACUUUGGGGAGACCGUGCUCACCGUCUGGUCCGCGCCCAAUUACUGCUACCGGUGCGGUAACGUGGCGGCCAUCUUGGAGCUGGACGAGCACCUGCAGAAGGAGUUCAUCAUCUUCGAGGCGGCGCCGCAGGAGACGCGCGGGAUCCCCGCCAAGAAACCCGUGGCGGAUUAUUUCCUGUGACACACCUGGGGUCACACCUGGGCACACCUGGGCAUGGCCUGGGGGCACCUGGGGACACCUGG